CGGGGCGGGGCCUCUGUGGUGCGCUCAGGCGCUGCUCUGGCCGCCUCUGCCGGGUCCUAAGGGCGGCGGCGUCGCCGACCUGAGGGAAGAUGGCGGCGCCCUGGUGGCGAGCUGCUCUGUGCGGAAGUCGGAGGUGGCAGGGCUUCAGCACCUCGGCCGCGCUGAGCCGCCGUACCGCCCCUCUGGGGCCGAUGCCCAAUGAGGACAUCGAUGUGAGCAACCUGGAACGGCUGGAGAAGUACCGCAGCUUCGACCGCUACCGGCGCCGGGCCGAGCAGGAGGCGCGGGCCCCUCACUGGUGGCGGACCUACCAGGAGCAUUUCGGGGAGAAGUCAGAUCCCAGGAUUGACAUUGGGCUGCCUCCACCUAAAGUCUGUCGGACCCAACAGCUGCUGGAGCGGAAACGGGUCCUCCAGGAGCUGCGGGGCAAUGUGGCGGAGGAACGGGCGGCCCGCCUCCGCACAGCGUGCAUCCCACUGGAGGCCGUGCGGGCUGAGUGGGAGAGGACCUGUGGCCCCUACCACAAGCAGCGACUGGCGGAGUACUACGGCCUCUACCGAGACCUGUUCCACAAUGCCACCUUCGUGCCCCGCGUUCCCCUGCACGUGGCCUAUGCCGUGGGUGAGGAUGACUUGAUGCCUGUGUACCACGGCAAUGAGGUCACUCCAACCGAGGCUGCCCAGAUCCCAGAGGUAACCUAUGAGGCAGACAAAGGCUCCAUGUGGACACUGUUGCUCACCAACUUGGAUGGACACCUGCUGGAGCCGGAUGCCGAGUAUGUCCACUGGCUGGUAACCAACAUCCCUGGCAACAGGGUGGCUGAAGGACAGGAGACAUGUCCCUACCUGCCCCCCUUCCCUGCCCGGGGCUCUGGCUUCCACCGCUUUGUCUUCCUGCUCUUCAAGCAGGACAAGCCAAUCGACUUCUCUGGGGACACCCGGCCCUCACCCUGCUACCAGCUUGCCCAGCGGACCUUCCGCACUUUUGAUUUCUACAAGAAACACCAGGAAGCCAUGACUCCAGCUGGCCUGGCCUUCUUCCAGUGCCGCUGGGAUGACUCGGUCACCCACGUCUUCCACCAGCUUUUGGACAUGCGGGAGCCUGUGUUUGAAUUUGUGCGGCCGCCCCCUUACCACCCCAAGCAAAAGCGCUUCCCCCACCGGCAGCCCCUGCGCUACCUGGACCGGUACAGGGACAGUCACGAACCCACCUAUGGAAUCUACUGAGUGGCCGGAGUGCCACCCACCUCUGAGAGUCAGGCUCCGCCAACAGGAACAAUGAAUACACAGCUCCAGGGGCCCAAGCUGUGGGGUUCUAGGCCCUGCCUAAGGCAGCCCCUCCGCAGCCCUCCCAGCAGUUUCAGGGCCUGGGAGUGAAGAGGCUCUCUCCAGGGGCAGUGGCAGGGGUGGGUGUGUGAAUAAAGAUGAUUUUUGCUGUA